CAAUUUUCAGAAUUCGUUUCAAAAACAAUCACUCGAUCCACACUACAUUGGCGUACACGAUCAGUCGCGGAGAAACAACGGCCGAGUAAAUACGCUUCUCGAGAUAUUGAGUUGGCAAAUGGUGAUCGCAACUAAACAAUUACGUGCUCCUAUCAUGUCAUAAUUAUACACAUCUUAAAUGAAAAUUCUCAAAUUCUGUGCCAGAUAAUCACAGAACUGCAUGGAAAGUGUCGAAGUGCGGAAACAAUAGUCGUGCGCUAAAAAUAAAACAUUGGUAUACAAAUACAUAUAUAUGUAUGUAUGCAUGUAUAAUUAUAUCCAUAUAAAUACUCUACAACGAGGCAGAUAUAAAAACUUAUUAAGUUAAUCGGAAAUUAUACAAACGUCAACAGUAUAAAAUUGGAUAAAAUAAAAUAAGUUUGCCUUUUAUACUAAAUAAGUGUUUUAAGAUUAUUAGAAAAUAAAAAAAAUAGUGUUGAACCAUGUCCAACUCACCUCCAGAAUCUCUCACGCCAACCAACUGUGCUGUGUGCCAAACACCUGCUAAGUUAUAUUGCUCAGCUUGCAAGCUGGUUAAAUAUUGUGGCGCCGAACAUCAAAGACAGCAUUGGAAGCAGCAUAAAACCGAAUGCCGACCAUUUCGCAUAGCCAAAGACAAGAUAUUAGGUCGAUACUUGAAAGCUACGCGCCCUAUUAAAGCAGGCAGUGUUAUUUUUGCGGAAAUGCCGAUUAUUGUCGGUCCAAAGUGGUAUUUGAAUGAGCGCGAGGAACAAGUGCCUGUUAUGCCAUGCGUAGGUUGCUUUACACCUUGUCGAAUGGGAGCACAUCAUUGUCCCAAAUGUCUUUGGCCAACUUGUUCACCAAAUUGCGGUGGUUUGAACAAUCCUAAUCUUCAUGGUCUUGAAUGUUCUAUAUUAAUGUUAGGACCCGGACCGGCUUCUUCGGACCCCCGCUCGCUCAUUGACUACUAUCGCUCCGAUGCCUUGGUAGUCUUAAAAUGUUUGUUGCUACAACGUCAAAACCCCAAAAAAUGGGCCGAACUGAUGGAUAUGCAAAGCCAUGAGGUGGAGCGCAUUGGCUCUGAGUUACACGAUGACGCAGAGAAAAGGGUUGUCUCUUAUCUGCAGCGGAACUUCCUGCAGCGCCUAAAAGCGGUCGAACAAAAGCAAAAAGAAAAAUAUCUGCAAGAGUAUGACACAUCAGUGCUGCAUCGCAUUUGCGGUAUCAUUGAGACGAAUUAUAUGUGCAUCAAUUUGGCCUCUGGCAUUGAGUUAAGUGGUGUUUACUACACCGCCUGCAUGAUGGAGCACGCUUGCCAACCGAAUUGCUAUUUUCAAUUCGAUCAGCGGAACGGCUUCAGAAUCUCUGUCGUAGCCGGCAGAGAUAUUGAGCGCGAUGAACACCUAAUUAUCAUGUACUCGAAUAUGCUGUGGGGCACUCAGAUGCGUCAGGAGCACUUGGCAAUGACCAAACAUUUCCUCUGCAAAUGUGAACGCUGCCGCGACGCCACGGAGUAUGGUUCGAAUUUCAGCACAAUGCUAUGUAUGGGCGAUGAAGGUGAGACUUGCGAUGGCAUUCAAUUGCCAAAGGAUCCACUCGAUAUAAAAAGUGAUUGGGCAUGCAACAAGUGCCCUGUCACGAUCAGUGGGGAGGAGGUGCGAUAUCUUCUAACACAAAUGACUGAAGAAGUUGACAAUCUGCUGUCACGCAAGCCUACCGUUAAGCAAUUAGAAGCGCUAAUCAACAAAUUAUCAAAGUUUUUGCACCCCCACCACUACCAUUUAUUCAAUUUGAAGCAUACGCUCAUACAGCUGUACGGCACCGAAACCGGCUACUUACUGAAAAGCUUAAGCGACGCACUUUUAAAUAAGAAAUUACAAUUGUGCGAAGAAGUCUAUGACAUCUGCCAGAAACUCGAUCCAUACACCAUACGUUUGUCCAUCUACGUUGGCAUUAUAUUGUACGAAAUGCAGUCAGUGUUGCUUGAGCGCGGCAAACGCCUGCUUGCAAGCAACACAAACAAGAGUGAAGAGCAAAUUUCUAAGGCAUUGGACUACUUCAACUCAGCGCGCGAGAAACUGCUUAAAGCUGCCAAGAUCUUGGAGAAGGAGUUGGAUAACGUGGCAGGUAGCAAGUUAAGCGAUGCCGUAUUGAAAUCGCUCUCCGAACUGGAUACGCUAAUCAACAACAAUAGCUAAUGGAUUUACUACUAAACCACUGCGCGUUUCUAAAUAUUUUUACAUUUGUUUGCACUACAGAUAAUCUUUAACAAUAAUUCGCCCUAAUAUAUGCGUCCCUCAUAUCGCAUUUCUUUCUAUUUUUAUAAGCAGAAAACACGUUAUGUAUGUUGUAAUGUCUUGCGUUUUUAAUUAAUUUAAAUCUUGUUUACAUAAGAGUCUUAAGUUUAAUUAAAUACAGUGGAUAUUGCUUUUCAUUCAGCAUUAAUUAAAUAUGUCAACUGGUUCUUGAGGGGCAUCCAAGUCCCUGUACUGUGUUAAUUGACGAUACUUAUUAGCGGGUCUGUAAGCAUAUAAACAUAAAUAGAAUGGUUUUAUAUUUAA